AUGGGUUUCGGCGAGGAUCUCCGGUGUCCACAGGCGCACGCAGCCGUCAUGAGGCUGCUGGACUCAGAGCUUCACCUGAUGGAGGUCAUGAAGAAGUGGAUGGGUCAGCGGGCGAAGAGCGAACGGGAGUUUUCAGUGCAACUCCACCAAAUGACUGCCAUGGCCGAGAAGAUGGACCGGCCUCAGACCAAUCCAGGAGCGGAUUACAUCAGUCAGCUCAACAAGUCGUGGGGAGUGCUGGUUUCGCAGACGGAGUCUCUCAGCCAGGUGAUGAGGAGGCGCUCUGAGGAGCUCCUGGACGGGCCCAUCAGCAAACUGACUCUGCUCAUCAGAGACAAACAGCAGCUCCGCAAAACCUACGCAGAGCACUGGAGCCUUCUGCGGCAGGAGCUCAACAAGGUGACCCACACAGAGCUGGAGAGGCUGAAGAGCAGCUACAGGCAGGCGGUUAAAGACGCAGCUCUGGCAAGGAGGAAGUACCAGGACAUGAGCAAAGAUAAGGAGCGAGAAAAGAACAGGGAGCGCUAUAUAAAGGCUUCCCUUAAGYUGCACGAGCUCCACAAUGAGUAUGUGCUGUCGGUGCAAGCGGCUCAGGUUUACCAUCAGCAUCACUACAGCCAGAUGCAGCCGGCUCUGCUGAGCGCGCUGCAGACGCUGCAGCAGGAGAUGGUGCUCAUCCUGAAGGAGAUCCUGCAGGAAUACUUUGACAUCUCCACCCUCCUCCAGCAGGAAGUGGUGAAUGUCCACAGGGAGAUGUCAUCUGCCCUCAUCGCCAUCGAUCCGCACAGAGAGUACGAGAGCUUCACCCAGCAGAACCGGUCCGUCGGGGAGAUCCCUGUUUGUGUAGACUUUGACUGCAGCCUCCUGGAGGACACAGAGCAGCUGAAGCCCAAAGAGAUCGAGCUGAAUGACCUCACCUUGGAGACGAUCCAGCACAAGCUGACUGCGAUCGAAGAGGAGCUCCUGGCCCUGGCUCGGUCUCUGGGCUCUCAGCAGACGUCUGUGGAGCAGCUGGAGCUGGAGCURGAGAACGAGGUGGACGGAGACAAAAAAGGCCAGAGGGUUUAUCAGUUCAGCAAGAGACAUGCAAUGGAGGAGUGCAGACAGCAGGUUGCUCUGUCUCAGGGUAUAAAAGCCAAACUGGAGGUUCAAAGACUUCUUCUAAAGGAGAAACUGGACCAGCUGGGCUUCAGAGAACCUCCACAGGCCCUCAGGCUGGACAUGGACUCUGUUUCGCUUUUAUCCAGCACAAGCAAUGACAAUGUUCAAACUUUGGGUAAAAUCCUCGUGGACGGGAUCAUAAACAACCUGAGCAACCUGUUCAGACACAAAUCUGAGGUUCACCAAGUCCAGGAAGUGGACCGGCCCCUGUCUCAGCAGGACUGGUACCACGGAGCCAUUCCUCGGCUGGAGGUGCAGCAGCUGCUCCAGAACGAGGGAGACUUUCUGGUGAGGAAGAGUCAGGAAAAGCAGGUGUAUGUCAUCUCUGUGCAGUGGGAAGGAUUGUGCAAGCACUUCCUCAUUCAGUACAYGGAUAAUUUGUACCGUCUGGAUGGAGAAGGUUUCCACAGCAUCCCAAAGCUUAUCAAUCACCUGCAGUCGUCUCGUCUACCUGUCACCAAAAAAUCAGAGGCCAUCCUGAAGAAACCAAUACURAAAGAUAAAUGGGUGCUUGAACACGACGACAUURUCUUGGGCCCCCUCAUUGGAAAGGGCAACUUUGGAGAGGUGUACAGYGGCCGUUUACGCUCUGAUAACACUCCUGUAGCUGUGAAGUCCUGCAAAGAGAAUCUGGCUCCAGAGCAUAAGAGCAAGUUCCUGAUGGAGGCCAGGAUCCUGAAGCAGUACAACCAUCCGAACAUCGUAAAGCUGAUCGGCGUCUGCACACAGAAACAGCCCAUCUACAUCAUCAUGGAGCUCGUUUCAGGCGGGGAUUUCCUCUCUUUCCUGCGGACCGAGGGUCACAGUUUGACGCCUAAGAUGUUGGUCAAAAUGACGGAAAAUGUAGCAGCAGGAAUGGAGUACCUGGAGAGUAAGAAGUGCAUCCACAGGGACCUCGCAGCAAGAAAUUGCCUUGUUGCAGAACGCAACGUGGUGAAGAUAAGCGACUUUGGGAUGUCCCGCGAGCGAGAUGACGGGGUCUACUCUGCAGAGGGGGGUCUGAGGCAAAUCCCCGUCAAAUGGACCGCUCCAGAGGCCCUGAACUACGGUCGCUAUACCACUCAGAGUGACGUGUGGAGCUUUGGGAUCUUGCUGUGGGAGACGUUCUCCAUGGGAAUGACGCCCUACACCAGCAUGAACAACCAGCAGACGCGUGACGAGGUGGAGAAAGGAUACCGGAUGCCCGCUCCUCACGGCUGCCCCAUGGAGAUCUCCAGGGUCAUGAACAACUGCUGGCAGUACGACCCCAAAAACAGACCAACCUUCAGGAAAAUUCGGGCUGAGCUCAAUGCUAUACACAACAAAAUCACAUGAUGCAAUCCUCUGUCAUAGGCUUUUUCUGUCUUUUUUAUUGGUAAUCUAUGCACUUGUUUAAUAUAUUUAGUUUCCUUCUGGUGAAGAGUUGAACACUGAAGAAGAACUCAAAUAAAAAAAGAAAAUCAAUGGA